AUGGGCGAACAAGAGGAUAUCUCGCUGCCCAAGGCCACGGUGCAGAAAAUCAUCUCCGAGGUGCUAGAAAGCGACCUGACGUUCAGCAAGGAGGCGCGCGAAAUCAUCAUCGAGUCCGGCAUCGAGUUCAUCAUGAUCCUGUCGUCGAUGGCGUCCGAGAUGGCGGACAAGGAGGCCAAAAAGACGAUCGCGCCCGAUCACGUGAUCAAGGCCCUGGAGGAGCUGGAGUACCACGAGUUCAUCCCGUACCUGGAGCAGAUCCUCGUUGAGCACAAGGAGACGCAGCGCAUCAAGGAGCGCCGGGACGCCAAGUUCAAGAAGUCCGGCCUCUCCGAGGAGGAGCUGCUACGGCAGCAGGAGGAGCUGUUUCGCCAGUCCAGGAACAGGUUCCAGCAAACCUCGACCACGCCCGGCGACGGCGCGGAGGGCGCGGAAAGCCUCGAGGCCGAGGCAGACUCCUCUCGUUCCGAGUCCGUCAAGGCCGAGGAACUGUAA